AUAAUUGUGAUGAUGCAUUGGUAUCUCCUUUACCUUCAACAGCCCUUACCAGUUCCUCUGAGCUCUUCAGUACUCACAGUCCCAGCUUUGCAAAGCUCAACAGGCGAGAUGGAGCUGGUGGCUGGUCCCCGCUGGACUCAAAUGAGCAGCAGUGGCUCCAGGUUGAUCUGGGAGACAGAGUGGAGAUUGUCGCAGUUGCUACCCAGGGCAGGUACGGGAGCUCAGACUGGGUAACCAGCUAUACUCUGAUGUUCAGCGACACCGGCCGCAACUGGAAACAGUACAGACAAGACGACACCAUCUGGGUUUUCACAGGGAACAGCAACGCUGACAGUGUGGUUCACCACAAAUUUCUGCACUCCAUGAAAGCCCGCUUCUUGCGCUUCGUCCCUCUGAAGUGGAAUGUCGGUGGGCGGAUAGGACUGAGAGUUGAGGUCUUCGGCUGCUCCUAUAAGUCAGAUAUUGCAGACUUCGAUGGCAGAAGUUCACUCCUCUACAGGUUCAAUCAGAAGCUUAUGAGCACAUUCAAAGAUGUGGUUUCCUUGAAGUUCAAGAGCAUGCAGGGGGAUGGAGUCUUAUUCCAUGGAGAAGGACAGCGUGGAGACUACAUUACCUUGGAACUGCAGAAAGGGAAGCUCUCCUUGCACAUCAACCUGGGGGACUCCAACCUGCACUUCAGUAACAGCCACUCAUCCGUCACCCUGGGCAGCCUCCUGGAUGACCAGCACUGGCACUCGGUUCUCAUAGAGCGCUUCAACAAGCAAGUGAACUUCACGGUGGACAAGCACACCCAGCAUUUCCGAACGAAGGGGGAUUCGGAUCACUUGGAUAUUGAUUAUGAGCUCAGUUUCGGAGGGAUUCCCGUCCCAGGGAAACCAGGAACCUUUCAGAGGAAAAAUUUCCACGGGUGCAUUGAAAACCUUUAUUACAAUGGAGUCAAUAUAAUUGACCUGGCAAAAAGGCGCAAACCUCAGAUCUAUACUGUGGGAAAUGUGACCUUUUCCUGCUCAGAACCACAAAUUGUUCCUAUCACCUUUGUCAGCAGCAGUCAAAGCUACUUGCUAUUACCUGGCACUCCUCAGAUUGAUGGUUUGUCAGUGGGCUUCCAGUUUCGAACAUGGAAUAAAGACGGCUUACUUCUGUUCACCGAAUUGUCUGAAAAUUCGGGACCUCUCUUGGUUUACCUUCAUAGUGGAAGAUUGACGCUACUUAUUCAGAAACAGACAGAGAACCCAGUGGAAAUCAGUGAAGGCACAAAUCUCCACGAUGGGCUUUGGCAUUCUGUUAACAUCAAUGCCAGAAGACAUCGCAUUACCCUGACACUGGAUAACAACGCUGCCACUGCUAGCCAUGCAACCACCGUCUCAAGGAUCUACUCUGGGAACAGCUACUAUUUUGGAGGGUGCCCUGACAAUUUCACCGAUUCCCAAUGUUUAAAUCCCAUUACUGCUUUUCAAGGCUGUAUGAGGCUCAUCUUUAUUGAUAACCAGCCCAAGGACCUCAUUUUAGUUCAGCAAGGCUCCCUGGGGAAUUUUAGUGAUUUACACAUUGAUCUGUGUGGCAUCAAAGACAGAUGUUUACCCAACUACUGUGAACAUGGAGGAAAAUGCUCUCAGUCCUGGACCACCUUUUACUGCGAUUGUAAUGAUACAGGCUACACGGGAGCUACCUGUCAUAACUCUAUCUAUGAACAAUCUUGUGAGGCUUACCGACACCAAGGGAAGACAUCAGGUUUCUUCUACAUCGAUUCUGAUGGAAGUGGACCACUUGGACCACUCCGUGUUUUUUGCAAUAUAACAGAUAAGAUCUGGACUGCAGUGCAGCACAACACCACAGGGCUAACCAGAGUGCAAGGAGCUGAUCCCGAGAAGCCGUACACCAUGUCCUUUAACUACAACAGCAGUGCGGAGCAGCUUGAAGCCAUGAUAAACAGUGCAGAGUACUGCGAACAGGAGGCAGCCUACCACUGCAAAAAGUCACGUCUCCUGAACACCCCGAGUGGAAUGCCAUUUGCUUGGUGGGUUGGCCGUGCCAAUGAAAAGCAUCUUUACUGGGGAGGAUCUCUUCCGGGCAUUCAACAGUGUGCGUGUGGACUUGAAGAAAGUUGUCUGGAUAUGAGAUAUUUUUGCAACUGUGACGCAGAUAGAGAAGAAUGGACAAAUGAUACUGGCCUCCUUGCUUUCAAAGACCAUUUGCCUGUAACUCAGAUAGUGAUCACUGACACAAACAGAUCAAACUCUGAGGCUGCUUGGAAAAUCGGCCCUUUGCGUUGCUAUGGAGACAGGCAGUUCUGGAACGCCGCUUCCUUCAACACGGAGGCCUCCUACCUGCACUUCCCCACCUUCCAUGCCGAGGUCAGCGCGGACAUCUCCUUCUUCUUCAAAACUACUGCCGUCUCUGGGGUGUUCUUGGAAAACCUUGGGAUUAAAGACUUCAUACGAGUUGAAAUGAGCUCCCCCAAAGAGAUCACCUUCUCCAUAGAUGUUGGGAAUGGCCCCACAGAAGCCACUGUGCAGUCUCCCACACCCCUGAAUGACAACCAGUGGCACUACGUCCGAGCGGAGAGGAACCUCAAGCAAACCUCUCUCCAGGUGGACAGCCUCCCCAAGAAGGUCCUGGAGGCACCUGCUGAGGGGCACUUCCGCUUGCAGCUCAACAGCCAAUUAUUUGUAGGGGGAACAGCUUCCAGACAAAAGGGCUUUUUGGGAUGCAUUCGAUCUCUGCAUUUAAAUGGACAGAAACUUGACCUUGAAGAGAGAGCUAAAAUGACACCUGGUGUUAAACCUGGAUGUCCAGGACAUUGCAGCAGUUAUGGUAACCUGUGCCAUAAUGGAGGAAAAUGUGUGGAGAAGUAUAAUGGUUACUCCUGUGAUUGUACCAACUCAGCCUAUGAAGGACCUUUCUGCAAGGACGAGGUUUCUGCAUUAUUUGAAGCUGGCACUUCCAUUACCUAUAUUUUCCAAGAACCUUAUCCUGUCACAAAAAAUGCAAGCACCUCAAGCUCUGCCAUUUAUGUGGAUGCUGUCAUGUCCAAGGAAAAUAUUGCAUUUAGCUUUCUCACAGCACAUACUCCAAGCCUUCUGCUGUACAUCAACACCUACUUUCAUGAAUAUUUGGCUGUGAUUCUCUCCAAGAAUGGAAGUUUACAGGUCCGAUACAAGCUGAGUAAGGAUGGGCUCCUCAUUUUCACCAUUGACUCUGGAAAUUUUGCCAACCGAGAGCUGCACCAUGUGAAGAUUAAUAGAGAAGGCAGAGAGCUCGUGAUUCAGGUUGAUCAAGUUCUCAAACUCAAACACAACUUUUCUGAGAUUGAUUUUAAGGCCAUAAAAUCACUCACCUUGGGCAAGGUCACAGAUAGUUUGUCACUGGACCCUGAAGUCUCAAAGGCAAAUGUCUAUGGUUUCACUGGCUGCCUGUCCUCUGUUCAGUACAACCACAUUGCUCCCCUGAAAGCUGCCUUACGCCAUCCCAGCAUUGCUCCCGUGACUGUCAAAGGCUCCUUGACUGAAUCCAGCUGCACAUCCAUAAUGGAAGCUGAUGCGAACACAGUAACCACGAUAUAUUCCUCAUCAGAUCCUUUUGGGAAGACAGACGAAAGAGAGCCUCUCACCAAUGCAGUCAGGAGCGAUUCAGCUGUGAUUGGAGGUGUAAUAGCAGUUGUGAUAUUCAUCAUCUUUUGCAUCAUUGCCAUCAUGAGCAGAUUCCUUUAUCAGCACAAACAAGCACAUCGAAGUAGCCAGACAAAGGAGAAGGAAUACCCAGAAAACCUCGAGAGCUCCUUUAAAGCUGACAUUGACUUGCAGAACACAGUGAGCGAGUGCAAACGGGAAUAUUUCAUCUGA